UCGAACGAGCGGCUGCUGCUGCUGCUGCUGCUGCAUCUCUCCCGUCAUUCUCAGCUAAGCUUGUGAGUUGACAUGGAUGGCGCCUGCUUCGCACCAACAUAAACCCGCCCUCCUCGACCGCGGGGGAGAUGCAGAGACAAGGGCUGAACGCGCCUCAUCGCACCAAAAGAAAGCCAUGGCAGAGAAGCAGCGACAAGGACUGAACGUGGAGGAGGGGAGCUCCGGAGCAGCGGGGAAGCUCGUCUGCGUCACCGGCGCGUCCGGGUACAUCGCGUCCUGGAUCGUCAAGCUCCUCCUCGACCGCGGCUACACCGUCCAUGGCACCGUCCGGGACACCGCUGACCCAAAUAAAACAUUGCACCUGCGUGCUCUUGAUGGAGCAAACGAUAGGCUGCACCUGUUCAACGCAAACUUGUUAGAGGAAGGCUCUUUCGACGCUGCCAUUGACGGUUGCGAGUGUGUGUUCCAUGCGGCUUCUCCAGUUUUCUUCGCUGCCAAAGAUCCCAAGGCUGAGUUACUUGAUUCAGCAGUCAGUGGAACGCUUAAUGUUUUGCGUUCCUGCAAGAAGGCUUCUGUCAGAAGAGUGGUCAUAACAUCGUCUAUGGCUUCUGUUAUCGUCAACGGGAAACCAAGAACCCCUGAUGUAAUUGUUGAUGAAACAUGGUUUUCACUACCAGAGCUUUGUAAAAAGAAUCAGCAAUGGUAUACCUUGUCUAAGACCCUUGCAGAGGAGGCUGCUUGGAAGUUCUCUAAAGAUAACGAACAAGAAAUAAUUGUAAUGAACCCCACAAUGGUCAUUGGUCCUCUGCUGCAGCCUACACUUAACGCUAGUGUUGAAGCAGUCUUAAACCUAAUCAAUGGAUCAUCUCCUACAUGCCCUAAUUAUGCCCAUGGCUGGGUAAAUGUCAGAGAUGUGGCCCUGGCACAUAUCCUUGCAUAUGAAGUUCCUUCAGCAAAUGGAAGAUAUUGCAUUGUUGAAAGAGUUGCUCACUACUCGGAGCUUGUCAAGAUCAUAUGCAAGAUGUAUCCGAACAUUCCACUCCCAGAUAAGUGUGCAGAUGAUGAACCACUUUUUCCAACCUACCAAGUAUCCAAGGACAAGAUAAGAAGCUUGGGUAUGGAACUGAUUCCUCUAGAGACUAGCAUUAAAGAGACUAUAGAAAGCUUCAAAGAAAAGGGUUUUGUUGCAUUCUGAGUCUAGAUAUUUGUGCAAAUAUAGAAAUAAAAAGUUUAUGUUUAUUUGACGAGAUAAUCCCUGCUAUACCUAACCUGUACUUAUUCAAAAGA